AUGGCAACUAAAAUAUCCACGGAAUUAUUGAUUAUUAUUUUAAAUAAUUUUCAAUCAACUCAAGAUUUAUAUUCAUCAAUGUUAGUUAAUCGAAUCUGGUGUAAAGUUACUAUCCCGAUACUUUGGAACUUACCUUUGGGCCAAGAAUGUUGUACAGAUUAUACGAAGUUGGAAAAGAAAGCAUUAUGUAUUCGAACUUAUAUAUCAUGUAUGGAUGCUCGAACUAGAAAUUUACUUGUUCAAAAUGGAUUUGAUUUAUCAUCAUCACCACCUCAAGCCACUUUUGAUUAUCCAUCAUUCACUCAUAAAUUUAUAAUUAAUAAUUUAGUUUAUUUUGUUUCCAUUCAUUCAAUGUAUUCACGAAAAAUUAUCAGUCCUCAUCAAGAUGAUAACGGAUCAAGAAUAUUAUUUCGUGAGAUGUGUAAAUUAAUAAUAGAACGUUGUAUAUUUUUGGAUUCUUUUAAGAUGACAGUAAUCAUAUUUUUUUCCGGAAAUUUCCAAAAUUAUAGUGAUUUAAUUGGUUCAAUUUUCAAGUUACCUAGUGCCUCGAAAGUAUUUAAGAAAUUAGAAAAUUUUACUUCGACGAUAGGAGAUUAUAAACUGAUUUAUCCAUUUUAUGAAUCAUUAAAAUUAAUUUGUGAUACUAUUUUAACUAUGGAUUUGAAAUUGAACUCAUAUUUUCAAGUGCAAUUAUUAGCAAAACUUAUUAGAGUUCAAAAGCGCUUGGAAAAUCUAUCAAUUUUUACUAAUUAUAGUCUGGAUUGUAAUUCAUUAUUAUGGGCCAUCAUUAGUCAAAAAGAAACAUUAAAGGGACUUCGUUUAUAUUCAGUAAAUUUCUGUCAAUUAAAGCGGAAAUUAUCGCCAAUUGGUCAAUUUAUUUCACUUCAGGAGCUUUAUUUUGAUAAUUGUGUUGGAUUACGUAACUCGAAUUGUUUAUUCUUGGCUUCAUCAUUUACUCAAUUAAGUAGUUUUCAUUACUUCCAUUCUAGAUAUUCAAAUGAUGUGCAUCCUCAAGAAUUUAUAAUUAAAAUUUUCGAAACAGCCGGUGCAAAUUUAAAGAAUAUUUUUCUAGAUUCACACUCCUCACAUUCCACAAUUGCAUUUGAUACAUUUUCAGCAAUUUUAAAUUAUUGUACUAAGAUUACUAAAUUAACUUUACACAAUUUAAGUUCUGAACAAGUAAUUGCAAUUUUUAAUAAUAAUUUUAACGAAUUAAGAAGAUUUUCAUUUGAUUGCGGAGAAAAAAGAUUUGAUGCUAAUGAAUUAUUAUACAAAAUGGGCGAAAAUGUACCGGAAUCACUUGAAUCUAUGGAAAUUAGAAUGAAUUAUUAUAAUCCAUGGAUAUUUAGUGCUGAUUAUUUAAGAAAAUUCUUUGAAGGGUGGUGUUAUAAAGGAGGAGGAGUAAAUAAACUGAUUAUUAUAAAGCGUACAGAACGAGGGCAACUAUGUGGAUUUACACUAAGUGAUGAACAUUUUAAAGUUAUUGAGGAAUAUGGAGUUCAAUUUUAUAUAGAAAAAUAA